CAUGGGGCGCGGCGGGCGGCGCUGAGCGCGGUGGCGGCGCUCCGGGCGCUCCCGCUCCCCUUUGUUCGCGGCGCUGAUGGCGGCCGGGCCGGGCAGCGGCCCCGGGGCGCCCAGCGAGGCGGAGGCAGCGCACCUCUGCCGCAGCCUGGAGGUGGGCACCGUCAUGACCCUCUUCUACUCUAAAAAGUCGCAGCGACCCGAACGGAAAACUUUCCAGGUGAAGCUGGAGACGCGGCAGGUCACCUGGAGCCGCGGCUCCGAGAAGAUCGAGGGAGCCGUGGAUAUUCGUGAAAUCAAAGAGAUUCGUCCAGGAAAAAACUCACGUGAUUUUGACCGAUACCAGGAGGAUCCAUGUUUCCGACCUGACCAGUCCCACUGCUUUGUUGUCCUCUAUGGCACAGAAUUCCGGCUGAAGACCCUCAGCUUGCAAGCCACUUCGGAAGAUGAGGUCAAUAUGUGGAUCAAGGGGUUGAACUGGCUGGUGGCAGACACUCUAAGGGCUGCCACCCCCCUGCAGAUUGAAAGGUGGCUCCGGAAGCAGUUCUACUCACUGGAUCGUAACCGGGAAGACAGGAUCUCUGCCAAGGAUCUGAAGAACAUGCUGUCUCAGGUCAACUACCGGGUCCCCAACAUGAGGUUCCUGCGGGAGAGACUCACGGAUGUGGAGCAGAGGAACGGGGAUAUCACGUACGGGCAGUUUGCACAGCUCUACCGCAGCCUGAUGUUCAGCGCACAGAAAAUGAUGGAUGUCCCGUUCCUAGAAAGGGGUGGAGAAAGGUCCGAGCACUUCAGGGUGUCACUGCUGGAGUUGCAGAAGUUCUUGCUGGAGUACCAGAGGGAGCUUUGGGCUGCAGAUACCCUUCAGGUACAGGAAUUCAUGUUCAACUUUCUGAGAGACCCUUUGAGGGAGAUUGACGAGCCUUAUUUCUCCCUGGAUGAAUUUCUCACCUUCCUGUUUUCCAAAGAGAACAGCAUCUGGAACUCGCAACUGGACAUGGUGUGUCUGGAGAAUAUGAACAACCCACUCUCCCAUUACUGGAUCUCCUCCUCACACAACACGUACCUGACAGGGGAUCAGUUCUCGAGCGAGUCCUCGCUGGAGGCGUACGCCCGCUGCUUGCGCAUGGGAUGCCGCUGUAUCGAAUUGGAUUGCUGGGACGGUCCCGAUGGCAUGCCGGUCAUCUACCAUGGACACACCUUAACCACCAAGAUCAAGUUCUCUGAUGUCUUGGUCACUAUCAAGGAACAUGCCUUUGUCACCUCCGAUUUCCCCGUCAUUCUGUCCAUUGAGGACCACUGCAGCAUUGCUCAGCAGAGGAACAUGGCUCAGAAUUUCAAGAAGGUCUUUGGGGACAUGCUGUUGACCAAACCAGUAGAUAUUUCUGCUGACGGCCUUCCCUCUCCGAACCAGCUCAAGAGGAAGAUUCUCAUCAAGCACAAGAAGCUGGCAGAGGGCAGUGCUUAUGAGGAGUUACCCACGUCCGUAAUGUAUUCAGAGAAUGACAUCAGCAACUCCAUCAAGAACGGGAUCCUCUACCUGGAAGACCCCAUCAAUCACGAGUGGAACCCACAUUACUUUGUCCUGACCAGCAGCAAGAUCUAUUACUCUGGGGAGACAACCAGUGAUCAAGGAAACGAGGAUGAGGAAGAGCAAAAGGAGGUGAGCAACAGCACUGAGCUCCACUCCACGGAGAAGUGGUUUCACGGCAAGCUGGGAGCAGGACGCGACGGGCGGCACAUUGCAGAGCGGCUUCUGACAGAGUACUGCAUCGAGACGGGGGCUCCCGACGGCUCUUUCCUCGUCAGAGAGAGCGAGACCUUUGUUGGAGACUACACCCUCUCCUUCUGGCGCAACGGGAAGGUGCAGCACUGCCGGAUCCACUCGCGGCAGGACGCCGGCAGCCCCAAGUUCUUCCUGACGGACAACCUGGUGUUCGACAGCCUCUACGACCUCAUCACCCACUACCAGGAGGUGCCGCUGAGGUGCAACGAGUUUGAGAUGAGGCUGACGGAGCCAGUGCCACAGACCAACGCCCAUGAGAGCAAAGAGUGGUACCACGCCAACCUCACCCGGGCCCAAGCUGAGCACAUGCUGAUGAGGGUGCCACGCGACGGAGCCUUCCUGGUGCGCAAGAGGAGUGAGCCCAGCUCCUACGCCAUCUCCUUCAGGGCGGAAGGGAAGAUCAAACACUGCCGAGUGCAGCAGGAGGGCCAGACCGUGCUGCUCGGCAACUCCGAGUUCGAGAGCCUGGUGGAUUUGAUCAGCUACUAUGAAAAGCACCCACUGUACCGCAAGAUGAAGCUGAGGUACCCCAUCAACGAGGAGACGCUGGAGAAGAUAGGGACAGCGGAGCCGGACUACGGAGCCCUUUAUGAGGGACGCCACCCUGGGUUCUACGUGGAAGCCAACCCCAUGCCCACCUUCAAGUGCGCAGUCAAAGCCCUGUUCGACUACAAGGCACAGCGGGAGGACGAGCUCACCUUCACCAAAAAUGCCAUCAUCCAGAAUGUGGAGAAACAGGAAGGAGGCUGGUGGAGAGGAGAUUAUGGUGGCAAGAAGCAGCUGUGGUUCCCUUCCAACUACGUAGAGGAAAUUACUGGUCCCAGCAGCCUGGAGCCAGAGCGGGAGCAGCAGCUGGAUGAGAACAGCCCCCUGGGAGACCUGCUCGGAGGUGUCCUGGAUGUGCCCUCCUGCCAGAUCGCCAUCCGCCCCGAGGGGAAGAACAACCGCCUCUUCGUCUUCUCCAUUAGCAUGGCCUCAGUGUCGCGCUUGUCCCUUGAUGUGGCAGCCGAUACGCAUGAGGACUUGCUGGACUGGGUGAAGAAGAUCCGGGAGGCAGCCCAGACGGCUGAUGCACGGCUCUCCGAAGGGAAGAUGAUGGAGAGGAGGAAGAAGAUUGCCCUGGAGCUUUCGGAGCUGGUGGUCUAUUGCCGACCUGUGCCCUUUGAUGAAGAGAAGAUCGGCACAGAGAGGGCCUGUUACCGAGAUAUGUCCUCCUUCCCCGAGACCAAGGCGGAAAAGUACGUCAACAAGAUCAAAGGCAAGAAGUUCCUGCAGUACAACCGCCUGCAGCUCUCCCGCAUCUACCCCAAGGGCCAGCGUCUCGACUCCUCCAACUACGACCCCCUGCCCAUGUGGAUCUGCGGCAGCCAGCUGGUAGCACUCAACUUCCAGACCCCAGAUAAGCCCAUGCAGAUGAACCAGGCCUUGUUCAUGUCCAGCGGCCAGUGUGGGUACGUCUUGCAGCCAGCCAACAUGCGAGAUGACAUCUUCGACCCCUUCGACAAGAGCACGCUGCGGGGGGUUGAGCCGCUCUCCAUCUCCAUUGAGGUCCUGGGGGCCCGGCACCUUCCCAAAAAUGGAAGAGGAAUCGUUUGUCCUUUCGUGGAGGUGGAGGUGUCUGGGGCUGAGUAUGACAACGUUAAGCAGAAAACCGAGAUUGUGGCGGACAAUGGCCUGAACCCUCUCUGGACCCCGAAGCAGUUCCACUUUCAGGUCAGCAACCCUGACUUUGCCUUCCUCCGCUUUGUGGUGUACGAGGAGGACAUGUUCAGCGAUGAGAACUUCCUGGCUCAGGCCACCUUCCUGGUGAAAGGCUUGAAGACGGGUUUCCGAGCUGUACCCCUGAAGAACAACUACAGCGAGAACCUGGAGCUGGCUUCCCUGCUCGUCAAGAUAGACGUUUUCCCGAGCAAGCAGGAGAAUGGCGAAAUAAACCUCUUCAGUGCUUCAGCCCUACGGGAACGAGCAGGGGAUGCUUCCAAUCAGCUGCUGGCAAGCAGAGGCAGAGAGGGGUCCUUCGAGUCGCGGUACCAGCAGCCCUUCGAGGACUUCCGUGUGUCGCAGGAGCAGCUGGCUGACCACUUUGAGAGCCGGGAGCGAAGGGUACUGCGGAGGACCCGGGUCAACGGGGACAACCGGCUGUAGCCCAUUCGGCGGGUGAAAGCACCUCCAGUGCUUGUGAAUCUCACGGCACGCUGUGAACUGGUUUCUAUGGAAACGGCACUGCUAUGGCCUACUUUCAGGCAGCUUUUCCAGUUUCUCUGCUGAAGUGUGUUCCAGUGGAGAAAUAAAAAAAAAAAAAAAAAAUUGGAAAAAAAAAAAACCAACCCAAACCCUAACCAACCCCAAACACCCACCAACCUUCACCACCAAGCCCUUAACGAAGCACAUCAGUGCAUACAGCCUGCCAGCCACCGAGGUGAGAGACAAAACUGUCUAUAAUCGCAAGGAAAGAGACCUUAAAAAAAAAAAAAACAAAAAACAAAAAACCACAAAACCCCAACCAGCCCUCUGCCGCUGCUGCUCUGCCCAUAUUCCUGGAGAUCCUGCUCCUGCGCAGCUGCUGGAGUCCCUCUGCAGCCAUCCUGUGCUGUACCUGUUCCCAGCGCACCAGGCAAGGGGGGACUUAAGCAACCAAAGCAGCACAUAUCUCUGUCCUGGCGGCAUCGCAUCUACCUACCUGUAUAGCCACUGCCUAUGGGUCCAGUAGUGAAACUCUACAUUUACAAGGCCGCUCUAGCUUUAAAUGACAAUAAAAGUGUCAGUAUUACAUGCGUGGUGGCUCAGGUGUCUGGCGGUUUGCCCUCCUCCAGAGGUGUCUGGCUGGUGCUGGGUGGAGGAAACUGGCCUGCAGCCCUGCCUGGGGUGGGGGGACUGCACUGCUCCCUCCUUCCUCCUGGCUUUAGGGAGUUUGCAGCUACUGGGGGGAAAAAAACUAACCAGGAGCAGCCGUAGGUUUAAUGUUGUUCACUCAAAAGGAUAAAACAAUGCUGACCAUGAUUUUCUGAACCGGGCUGGGGACAAGCAGUUACUCGAGGCUGCAGAAGGGCUCUUAGGAUGAAGGUAUCUGGGCACCGGCACACUGCUGGGACAUUCACACAUGGCCUUACCCCACUGGUAAGUUGUUGUGCUUUUAAAACAAACGGAAGGGUUGUGACUGAGCAUUCCUCCCUCCCAGCCAAGCAGCUGGGGUGCAGCCCACAGCCAUCCCCAUGCAUGGGGCAGCUCUCGCUGUUGUGCACUGGCAGGACCAGGCAUAAGGGCAUCACCAUGGGCUUCCCCUAACCCCAGUGCAAUCACCAGUCGACUCACAUUCGUCUUUUACGCUCUUUAUUUAGGAACAACCAAAAAUGUCUGGUUUCAUUUCAACAAACUGUACAAGCAAGCUCUUCCCCUCGCCCACCCUCACAUCCACAUAUACAAAAGGAAGGGAAACUUGCCGUUCACUUCUCAGAAGUGGCAUUGUUGCUACAGGGAGUUCUUGCCCUCAGAAUAAGAGCAGGUAAAGUCCAUAGCAGGUACAAGCUACCCUAGCCCUAGUAAUAGCCACAGCCCACAACCACAGGCAGCUUCACUUUUUUUCUCUUUAAAACCUUUACCAAAAGUAAAAAUUAUUUCCUGUCUCACACGAUUGCCAAGGUGACCAUCUAAAAUUGUGGUCUUAAAAAAAACACAAUAACAACCCCACUGGAACCCCCCACACCUCCCCGGUACAAAGACGGUUUACACAGCAGAGCCCUUGCUCUGCUCCCUAGCUGCAAGGCCACCCUUAUGAAAGGUCCCGUUGCAGCUACAAUUACAUUUUCCUUUGGAUAAAUCCAAGCAAAAAUUCCAGGUCAUUCAGCACCAGCAUGAUUUCUAAAUAACAAUAAUUAAAAAAAAAAAAAAAAAAAGAGACCCCCAUUAGGCUGACUUUGUGGUCUGCUGAGAAACAAAGUGAUCAACACGCUGUUCCCAAAGUCUCUCUUUUAGUGCAAUGUUAGUAUGUGCAAGGGGAAUCACAGCCACGUACCCAUAACACCACCAGGAGCCAGAUGGGGCAGAGAGAAAGUGCAAUUUUAGCAAGAAUUUUUCUAUGCCAUGGAUUCCUAGCCCAACCUUCACUAGCACCAGUAAGAAAGAGUCCUCCUAAUACCACCCUCCAUCAGUACAGGAAAAAAGUGGCUUUAACUGUGCCAUCAAAAUAUGGCCAGCAUCAGCCAACAGAGCACUCUUUACUGGAACAGGCAAUAACAAGAAAACAAAACAAAAAAAUAACAUAAAUCACUGCUUAGGUAACAGAGCUCCCUUGCUCUGCUUUAAAGUUUUGUAAUGCUAAUCCAGCAUUCCUGGCAGGGACCACUGCCAGUAAAAUAUACAGCAGAAACUAAACUUGAAAGAAA